AUGGCAGAACUAUUAUCUGAAGCCGAAAACUCUGAAAAUACAAGUCGACAAAGCAGGCCAUCACUAACACAAGUCAGAGCUAUAGUACAAUUUAUGGAGAAAAAUCCAGACCUGGCACAUAAAAGAUUCAGGAAUGGAAUAGGCCAUGAAAAAUUUAAAAACUUCUGGAUUGAACUUUCAAAUGAUUUAAACACCAUGAAUGGGGCUAUGAAAUCUACCAAGGGUUGGAUUAAGUUCUGGUCAGAUAAAAGAAGAAGUCUACUGAUGAAACAAAGACAAAUUAACUCUGGUAAAGUUAAUGAGAGAUUGUCACCUUUGGAACAAAGAAUAGUUACUCUUUCUAUACCUGAAAAACCAAGUAAAAGAAAAGCAUUAAAAACUGAAAUCAAUGGUGAUGCCGAUUCUAAUGAUAAUGCAUCUGAUAUGGAAGAAAAAGAGUUUGGAUCGGAUAACAGAAUAGUGUCAAUGGAGUCUGAUGAAAGAUUUUUAAAUACUAUGGAAAAGCUGGUUGAAAUUAUGGGCCAGCAAGCAACGGCGAUGUCGAAAGUAGCACAAGCUACAUUCACAAACUCCACUGCAAUGGAGAGGAUAGCUGAAGCAUCACAUAAACAGGCUCUUGCUGUAGAUAAGAUUGCUAGUACAUUUGAAACAAUAAGUGCAUCAGUUUACGACGUCAGAAAUGCAAUAAUCGGUAUUGAUUACACAAUGAAGAGAUGCUUUCCACAAACACACAGACAGAAUAAUAUAUUUAGUUAA